AUGAUUAAAGAAAGUCAGUCUGAGCAAGAUGGCCGGCCGGACGACUUCGGUCUUCUAUUAUUCCGCAUUUAUUUUGCAUUUCAUGUUGUUAACGAGUUUUAAUAACGGACAGAGAUUCGGUGAAAAAGCGAAAACCCUUCACAUUACCGAGGACUAUGAAUCUUAUGGUUAUAGGCAGCCUCUUGUCAUAAAUCGGGAUGAUUAUACCGAUGUCAGGGAAACGUCAGCUAGUCGAACGCGCAGGGAUGUUCCGCUAUUUCCAAAUAACAAUCCAAACAUCACAACGAAGAUCAACGCUUUAAAUGAUUCCCAUCAGCAGUUGAUAGUUCACUGGGUAGGAGAAAGAUCUAAUGUGAUAAUAUGCUUGGCGAGGGACAGUACACCAGUGAUGAAAUUGCAGAGCAGCACAGCUCCAACACCUACUAAUCCUAGUGCUGUGUAUAUAAGUUAUAAUUAUGGUGACACGUUUGUCAACAUAACUGAAAAAUUUCGAAUUGGAGAUGAUCAGUAUGCUACCCUGGACAAGUUCACCAAUCAUCCAAAAUAUUACAGAUUUUGUAUCUUUGUGGACAGUACACACAAGUUACUUUUUAUUACACCAGAUAAUGGAGAAAUGAUAAAUAAGGUGCGAGUACGGUUUCAUCCUAGUGAAAUCUCGUUUUAUGAAAUGGACGUUGAUAUUGUCCUUGCUUUGGACAAAGUCAGUCCUGUGCCCAAUCUAUGGUUAUCAUCGAACACUGGUUUCACGUGGAUGAUAUUGCGUCCUUACGUAAAAGCAUUCUUUUGGUCGCCUGCACCGGCUUUGAUAAUCGAACGCAUGCAUUCUGAUGGAAGAAACACUGUUUACCAGAUUGAUUUGCAGAAUAAUUUGCUAAAAGACUCAGUGACUCGCUUAAUCGGACCGUCGACAGUGAUUAUCUCAGAAGUGGAAGAUUUUCAAAUUAGAGGAGAUUAUAGAUUUGCUACUUCAAAGAAAAUAAAGAACGGAACGGAACAUCUGGAUCUUUUCGUAUCUUACAAAAACUUUAGCUUCGUCAAGGCCGAAUUUAAUACGCCUUUGCCAAUUAAGAAUUAUCAUGUCGUCGAUGUUUCACAUAACAGAGUUUUUGUUACGGCUUCUCACGAUGAAACGCAUGUCAAUCUUUAUAUAUCGGAAAUUAUAGAUGAGAAGAUAGCUACGUUUACAUUAUCUCUCGAGGGAAUUUUUACGUUUUUCCCGAACAGUACCUGGAAAGACAGUUGGCUAAAUGACGUAGCGGAUGAAACAUUUACCGAUCUGUAUAAAGUAGAAGGUCUUCGCGGCAUUUAUAUAGCGUCGCAAGUAAAAGGAGCACCAACAUCAGGAUCUAUUGGACUCGAGCAUUUAGUUUCCGUGAUAACAUUCGAUCAUGGAGCGACAUGGAAUAGUAUAAAACCACCUGCUGCCAAUCACGAAGGUUUCUACAUACACUGCGGUAAAAACUGUUCGUUGCAGUUGAGCCAACGAUUCAGUCAGCUAUAUCCCGUGACAAGAUCGGUAUCUAUUAUGAGUUCGAAGUCUGCUCCCGGUAUUAUAAUGGCUACAGGAGUGAUAGGGCCAAAUCUCAAAGGUCAUCCUGCUCUGUAUGUAUCGAGAGAUGCUGGCCUUACUUGGAAACAGGUCCUCAAGGACUACUACUUCUUUAACAUGGGAGACCAUGGUGGUCUGUUGGUAGCUGUUAAGUACUUCAAGUCACGUGGAGAAACCAGAGACAUUUCUUACUCUAUUGACGAAGGGGAGACCUGGCAGUCGUACGAAUUCAAUCAGAAAAUGUUGCGCGUGUAUGGACUGAUGACCGAACCAGGGGAAAAUACUACAGUUUUCACGAUGUUCGGUUCAGGUAGUGGCCAGCACCAGUGGCUAAUAAUCAAGGUUGAUUUGAGGAACGUGUUCGAAAGAGAUUGUACCAAGGAUGAUUUUAAAUUCUGGUCACCGACGAGUACGGAUCAACCGGUGAUGGCUUGCGUGUUAGGCCGGAAAGAGAUCUAUCAAAGAAGAGCAUUGAAAGCUAAUUGUUACACGGGGAUGGAUUAUGAUCGACCAAUAAAGACAGAAAUAUGCGGAUGCGAUUUUAACGAUUAUCAAUGCGACUUUGGCUUCGUACGAACUGGAAAUCCUUAUCACUGUAUCAGAGAUAAAAGCAUGACUCUCUAUGACCCUUAUGCUGUACCGAAUACCUGUGAACCUGGCGCAUUUUAUAAUCGAACAAAGGGUUAUAUAAAAAUAGCCGAUGAUGAAUGCAUAGGUGGCUUAGCCCGAAAUUUCGAGCCGGACGAAAUUCCAUGCCCUAUACAGGAAAAACCUGGAUUCUUAUUGGUAGCCCAACGUGAGCAUAUUUCGCGAAUCAAUUUAUUAGACGAGAAAUUGGUAACACUACCUAUUCACGAUUUAAAGAACGUUAUAGCAAUCGAAUUCGACAUGAGGAACAAUUGUCUGUACUGGGCGGACAUUGUCAACGACACUGUGGGUAGACAAUGUUUCCAAGAUGGUGUAAGUUUUCCCGAAAUUCUAGUAGAAACCGAUUUAAGUUCCAUAGAAGGAAUGGCUCUCGAUUGGGUCUCUAAUCUUCUGUAUAUCGUUGAUGGCGUUAAAAUGAGGAUUCAGGUGAUCAGGACAGACAUUUCUACCAUGGGAAGAAUGCGAAGGACCAUCCUAGGACCCAACAACUUGCAGAAACCCAGGGGAAUAGCUGUUCAUCCAAUGAAUGGGUAUAUGUUUUGGACCGAUUGGGCUCCGGGAAAUGCUUCUGUAUCGAGAGCCAAUCUGGAUGGAACGGAUGUGAAGAGACUGUUUGUGGAACCAAACGUCGAAUGGCCAAAUGGAAUAACUAUCGAUCACAUAGCAGAACGGAUCUACUGGGUAGAUGCCAGGCAGGAUUACAUCGGAUCUAGCGACUUCGAUGGAAAGAAAUUCAAGAAAGUGAUCUCUAAAAGUGACAAAGUGUCACAUCCGUUCGCUAUAGCAGUAUUCAAGGACAACAUGUAUUGGGAUGAUUGGAAGCAAUCUAUGAUAUUCGUCGCAGAUAAAGAUCAUGGUUUCGGCAUCACUUCUAUUAUAGGUCAAUUGCCUGGUCUGAUGGACCUCAAAGUAUUCGCGCACAGCAUUCAGCAAGGCACCAACGCUUGCGUUAAUAAUACCUGCUCGCACAUUUGUGUCGGAGCACCUCGUGGUGGUUAUGUCUGUCUUUGUCCUGAUGGAAUGGAGAUGAUCGAUGGCAAGUGUAUGUGCCCAGGUGGAAUCACCCCGUUCGCCAAUUCCACGUGUCCCAGAGUAGCCAGUACGUGUGCCCCAAAUCAAUUCGCUUGCGCUAAUGACGUAUGUAUACCAUCAUCGUGGCGAUGCGAUCGGGACAAUGAUUGUGGAGACAAUUCGGACGAGGUCGGUUGCACGUCACAACACACCACGUGUACGCCAAACUUCGAGUGCGAUGACAAUAGAUGUAUCUCGAAGCACUGGGUCUGUGACUUCGAUCACGAUUGUAGGGAUGGUAAAGACGAAAUGAAUUGCAAUUAUCCGCAAUGUACGGAAUCACAGUUCAGGUGCGCAAACGGUAGAUGCAUAUCACACAGAUGGCGCUGCGACAAUGAGAACGAUUGCCGAGACGGUUCCGAUGAGAAGAACUGCAGCAAGAAGGUAUUCCCCGGCACAUGUAGAUCCGACGAGUUCCUUUGCAAAAAGGAUGGAGGUUGUAUACCAGCUAGUUGGAAAUGCGAUGGUGAACCAGACUGUGAAAACGGAGAAGACGAGAAUGAAUGUAGCGAGAUGGUCUGCGAACAGUGGCAGUUCACGUGCAAUGUGUCGCAUACUAAAUAUCGUUGCAUAUACAGUUCAUGGCUUUGCGACGGGGACAAAGACUGCGCCGAUGGGUCUGACGAGGUUAACUGUACCACUCAGCAACCACCGUCAUUGGCACCAAUCCUCCCUAACAGCCCUUGCAAUAAUUGGAUGUUUAUGUGUAAUAACAAGAAGUGCGUGCCAUACUGGUGGAAAUGUGACAGCGUAGACGACUGUGGAGACGACUCGGACGAAAUGGGUUGUGGUAACGAGGAUGUUGAGGAAUGGACGGUGGUAUAUCCUACGGAACAAGCUAAGGUUUGUCGGGAACAUCAGUUCCAGUGCUUGAAUGGCGAUUGUAUACAAGAUUCGUGGGUUUGCGAUGGCUCCAGUGAUUGUACUUCCGGUGAGGAUGAGCUGCACUGUGGGGACAGUGAUCAGCCUUCCUGCCGAGAGGAUCAAUUCACGUGCCGUAUGGACGGUGCGUGUAUUCCCAUAAGGAGCGUUUGUAACGGCGUGGAGGAAUGUCCAGAUGGUAGUGACGAGUUAGGUUGCUCCGGAGAACAACACUUCAGUCCAGCAGCUACGCCAUCUUGUUUCUUUGGCUUGUUCCCUUGCGACGAGAUACGAUGCUUCCCUCUGGCAUCGUACUGCGAUGGUAAACAAGAUUGCGUGGAUGGUUUCGACGAGAGCAAUUGCGAGAAGAAUAGUUCCCGUGUUUACCAGGUGCUUGUGAUGGGAGUGGACGAGCGGUCGGUCACUGCUACCAGUUUGUUCUUAUAUUGGUGGAUGCCAUUGCCCACCAACGUCAGUUUCGAGUUUCUACCUUCGAUAGCGUAUGCUGUACCUGGAGCGAAUUGGACCAAUGCUAGCCACUGGAUCGACGAAAUGGAGUAUCAAUUUAACAAUCUUAAACCAUAUACUCGUUACAACAUGACAGUUCACGUUAGAAUAAAGGGUCAAACCACGUCAUUCCCGCCAGCCAAAUAUUUAAUCGCCACAACGGGCGAAGGUGUCCCAUCAGAACCUUGGAACGUCACCGUGACUCAAAAAAAUGGAACCACUGUAGAGGUAACCUGGAAACCACCUCUGCAUCCGAAUGGACCUAUUACCGGUUACGAAGGAUUCGUAACACCACCUAUACCACCUGUACGGUUCUUCAGGCAAAAGACUUCCGCUUUAUUAGACAUGCCAUUCGAGGCAGGAAAGAAUUAUUCAUUCUGGGUAAUAGCAAAGAAUAAAGAACGAGAGUCUGCCUCGUCCAACGUGGCAACUUUAAUCUUUGAUGGAUCCACUAAUAUCGAUAAUAUUGAGGAUCUUAAAGUGGAGGCGGUCACCAAUCACUCGGUGACUCUGUCAUGGAAGAAGAUGAAAGACGUUUCCUAUGUCAUUACUCCGAGAGGUCCAACGAAAUACCCUGUACUACCGCCGACUAUCAGCACGGAGAAUCGCGUGGAGAUACUGAAACUGGCUCCAGGAACUAUGUAUAGUUUUGAAGUCGGUGCCAAGAGGAAGAACUACGUUGGCAAGACAAAGACUGUUACUGCGACCACGGAGGGCACUCCCUUGCCGACUGUCACGAACCUGGUUGCGCAAUUAGUGAAACCGCACGGAACAUCGGUAAAGCUUACUUGGGAUCCGCCCAAAAGCACCAGGAAAAUUAAGUGGCAGUAUGGAAUUCAUUAUGCAGUGAAAAUGAAGGAAUUUUUCCAAAAAUAUAGGUAUUUAACGACAAACCUGUCGGCGACUAUCAAAGAACUGGAAGCCUGUGAGUCUUACGUGUUUGCGGUGGGCGUGAACGGAGAUUAUGGCGCUGGGCCAUUGAGUCAACCAGUCUCGGUAUUCACACAUUUCAAUCAACGGGCUCCGCCAAAGAAACUAAAAGUUACUCCAACAGAGAGACUUGAUACCAUAAUUAUUUCUUGGAGCGCAAGUUGUCCUAACAUCGACGAACCAAUUAGAUAUACGAUCACCGUAACAGAAUCGACGCUCAAAAAGCAUUUUGUAGUGACUUUGCCGGCGACGAACGAAUCUGUUAUGAAGCAUACAUUCAACUCGAUUAAACACGGCGGCAAGUAUCAAAUAACGAUAUCCACCGAUGUCGAGAACGCUCUACCCAGUCAGCCGGUUUUCUAUACGGCACCAGACAUUCCACCUCCUCAUCAAGUGAAGGUUCUGUAUGAUGAACAACGCUUUGUUGUUUACUGGCAAGAACACGAUUUACCAGAUGUUAUGAGAGACGAGAAGUAUCAUUACGAGGUUUUGGUGAUGGAAGGAUCACACGUAAUGAACGAUUCGAUCGCCAAGAUAUAUAAAAGCGAUCAGCCACCGUACAUAUACAAAGAUGUGAAACCGGAUACCAUUUAUUCGUUUGCCAUUCGUUUAGUCACUGAGGAAGGCUACCAGAGUCCUCUGAGCGAAGUGUUUAGCACCGUACAUAGCGCGGAAGUAUCAUCGUUACCAGUGACUAUAGAUACGGCUAACAUUAUUUCGUAUGCGAUAACAACCUUUUUUCUGAUCUUUGCUUUGGGAUCUGCGGUGGCAUACUUUAUCAUUAGACACAGAAGAUUACCCAAUAGUUUCACGCAAUUUGCUAAUAGCCACUACGAUACUAGACGCGGGCAGGCCACCUUCCCCGGUACCACAGACGGCUUAGAAGAAGAAGACAGUCCCGUGAUACGAGGCUUCUCCGAUGAUGAGCCAUUAGUAAUAGCAUAAGCUCGCGAAAGGUAUCACACAUAACAACAUAACACGCUCACACUACGAAGUAUAAACAGGUACAUUACACUCUAUAUAUAUAUAUAUAUAUAUAUAUAUAUAUGGAAUAUAUAUAUAUAUGGAAUAUAUAUAUAUAUAUGGAAUAUAUAUUUUAUAUAUAUACAUAUAUAUAUAUAUAUAUAUAUAUAUAUAUAUAUAUAUAUAUAUAUAUAUAUAUAUAUAUAUAUAUAUAUAUAUACAGAAUUCGUAUUAUAUAUACAUAUACAUAUAUAUAAAAUAUAAGGAGAAACAUAUUAGGAGAAAUGUGCCAACACACUAUUGAUACGAAAAAGUUCGAGAUAAGAGACGACCUGGUCAUAAAAGUAGAAAGCUUUUAUGAAAGUGGCUCAAGACUGACAUACACACACAUAUACACACACAUGUACACAAUACUACACUCGUAGAAAGUAAACCAAGAUUGAUCGAGAGCUCUUCGGAACACUUACAUGAAAGGUUUGUGACUAUAACGUGAGAAAAAAAUAUCACAUGACCCUCUGUUUGUAGAGUACUAUUAUACGUGUACAUGUUAUAUACAUAGAUUUGAUUAAGUAUACGGAUGAUUAAGUUUACGUCAUACCGGUGGGCCGUAAGAUAAAGAUGAAAACUGUUGUUUGUUUAAUAUCUAUAUAAAGGUAAGACAAAAAGAUACGAGAGUAAGAAAUGACGAGAAAGAGGUAGAAAAAAAAAAUGAAAGAGAAUUUGUAUAUAUCGGAAAUAUUUUGUACCAACUGCCCAACAAUUUUAAACUUUUUCGAAAGAUGCCAUAUAUGACGUUUACUAUUGGAUUUGUACUAUAUGUAUAAUGAGAGAAAAUCGUUUCAUGAUUUGAUCAAUGCUUUUAUUAUAUGAUUUGCAUUACUUUUCUUUAUUUUCUAUGAUAUAACAUCGUGUAAGGUUCGUUUUCUAAAACGCGGAGUUCCAGUCUCUCAAUCAACGCAGAAUAUUUUGUCCCAUUAGACAGCAAUUAAUGUCAGAAAAUUAGAGGCUACUUUUAUAACGAAAUCAUACAGCAACUAUCAUGUAACAAAAUCAGAGGCUACUUUCGCAUUUGAAAUACUCGUUAUUAGCUCCGCUGUUUUGUAAUAAAUCCUUUUUCUUCUCUUUGUAUACACACGACGUUAACACGAAUGAGCUUGUUCAUAGUGAUGAUUAAUAUAAUAUGAUCGUAUACGUUUAUAAAACAGUCAGGACAAAAGCUUGCGACGAUGGUGAAAGUUCCGUUAGCGAUAGAAAAGACAAAAAAUAGAAAGACGAAAAGAAUAAGAAUAAAAAUGGUUGUGUCUUCGCAUUGAAAAGAUUUGUGAUUGAGAAGCAUUUACUUUUAAUUGAUUGUGACUUUAAUGUAAUUCAUAUACUCUAUUUGGUCGCGCUAUAGUCCGACGAAAAGAAAGAAAAUGAAGUAAAGAGAAGCCAGUUUGGAUCGUUACAAGGCAGGCAGGGUUAUAGAUGGCACUAUUAGAUGCAUGCGAAACUCGAAAUAUGUGCUGCUUAUUUUUAACUAUUUUUUUUAGAGGAGAUGUUAUGUAAACGGAGGUCAUGGUAGCACGAUUAUGAAAUUACCCGUGCUAUCAUAGAUUUGUAAAUAACGAAUACUUGUUACUCGAUCAGCUAAAAAGAGAGAAAGAGAGAGAGAGAAAGGGAGAGAGAGAAAGAGAGAAAGUAUGAGAGAAGAGAGAAAAUAUGUAUCUUAAAAACAUGUUCGGCUUUUUUACGCGAUAAAGCCGACGGUUUAGUAUAAGCACGCAAGCUUGUCAUUUUUUUUUUUUAAUUUUCGAGGUUGUCUUAAGUAAAUUUCAUAUUUUAUUCCAAUGAAAUGAAUCUGUGAACACUGUAUAAUUUUUCAGAAGCGAGAUUAAGAUCGACUUUUGUCUGGUGCACAGAGUGUUGGAAGAAGGUAGUUUAGAAAUUAAGAAAUCAGUAGCGAACAGCAUUAUUAAAUCGAUAAUUUGAUCGUUAUGUUUUUUAACAAGUAGUAAUCUUAUUUUUAUGAAGCACGAUAUCGUUAAUAUUAUUAUAGUAUUGUUAAUAUUAUAGUAUCAAUAACAAUAUUAAUAUGAAAUUUAACAUUUAAUUUAAUAUUUUUCAAUGUUAGUAGUACUAUGAAGAUUUAACAGAUUUAACAUUACCUCUUUUCACAUCCUGUGCAGAAUUCUUUUACGAAAUUCUCUCGGAUCAUUUUACAAGAAGACUUUGCAUUGAAUCUUUUCUCAAACGAUUCUUUGAUGGUUUAAUGCUCAACAGAGACAAGACGCGAAACACGUGGAUAAGUUACUCGUCAUCACUUAGGUCCAUGUGAACAAGAAGUGUUCUAGCAAUACUAUCCAGAUCUAUUCUAUCUAUUGUAAACACACAAAAAUCAAGGUUUGUGUUAAUCGAGAUCCGUUUACAUUAAUCUCAAGUGCGCUGUUCUGAAAAUUUUCGUAAUCGUAACACGACAAUAUUUUAUAUUCUAAACUCGCUAUUGUUAGCAUUUAUCGAGUUUGCGAAAUGAUUUUACAGCCAUGGCCUUUUCGAACAGGUGUCAUUUUUGAAAGAGAUAUUCUCGAUGUUUUUUAUAUUACCCGUUUUGGCUAUGAUAUUCGUUCGGUAAUCGACUAAGCAUUUCUAAACAACAAUAAAAGACAUUUAAAUAAAAAGACAAAAAAAGAUAUAUCACUGUGUAAAACGACGAAAGAUUGCCGGAUCGAGUGCUUCGAGAUUAAAAAAGGAAAAAGGAUUCCAGCAAAUUCUGUUCUCGUUCGUUUGCUGCGACAACAUACGCGACGCGAAACAAAAGAGUGCAGAGCGAAAUAUUUCACGAGAACGACGAUGUCGAAAGAAACGUAGGUUGUACGUGUAAAUCUCAAGGGUUAUAUAGGAAUAUAACAGUGAUAUAUACAUAAUAUAUAAAUAUCUAUCCGUAUACAUAUAAUAUAUUUGCGUGUAAAUAAAUGAAUUUAAGGCAUA